UUAGAAGACACCACCCAAAGCACACGAGAUCAACCAACGCUAGUUCUCUCUUCUUUAUACGCGCGCCAACGGUAAUGGCCGCAGCUGCAGGCUUGGUAUGGGCGACCUUGCUCAUGUGCGUUGCGCUCGGCGCCGCGCAAACUGAACUUACGAGCUUCCAGAGACUACUCCUUGCCAACUUCUUUCCUCAAGGUUCCGUGCCAUCGCCGGUGAGGAUAUACUGCAGGCAGGACGCCGCGCUGAACGUGGCCAUAGUCGGCGGCAAGGUUGUCCUCGCAAACGCCAAGUGCAGUGACUGGUCACAGAAAUGGUACGUUGUGUACACCGACUCCACCUUGUUCAACGGAAAGUUUGAGCUUAAGCCCUUCUCCCUGGUGAAUGCACAGACGCUUCAGGUCAUCACGGUCACGAUCCCAUCAGGCAGUUCACAGAAGGUGGAACUGUACAGCCCGCCUAGCUCCCCGUGGGAGCUGCAGAGGUUGCAGAACUGGCUGCAAAAUGCACGCGAGGAGCUGUGGACGCCGGAGCAACCCAAGUCGCCGGAGCCCACACGUACCGAAGGCUUUUACAGACUGUUUGCUACCAAAAACAAUGAGAAGACAGCUUUUCACCUCAACGGCCUCGGGGGCGGCGUAAAAGUCGGAACGGAGGUCGGGAUCUAUUCUGGAGCAUCAAAUACAGAGAACGCCCUAUGGCAGCUGACUUCAGACACCGCCCUCUGUGCCCCCUGAUGAGCUAGAAGACCACCCCAUUGUGCUUAUGUGUUUGCUGAAGAAUAAAUUUUACAUUAUUAUCCACUCCCUUGUUUAAUUUCCUGCGUUCGUCAAAUUUGCCUUCGUUUUUAAGAACUGUACCUUCUUGUUGGUCCUGUAGCAAUGUAAGCACAACCCAGUGUCCCAGUUCAUCCAUGAUAUUACCAUUGCCAAUUUCCGUAAAGAAUUGUUCUUGCCUGUUGGUCCAGUAGCAAUGUACUGAAGCACAACUGAGUUCAGCUACGAUAUUAUUAUUUAAGAAUUUUUCUUGUUGGUCGGGAGUUCAGCUAUGAUAUUAUUAUUUUUCAUGUUCUCUCGUCGUUCUGCUUGUUCCUACCCCAUUUGUAUUUUAUAUACUCCCUGCAUAUGUUGCCAUGGAAGAAAAAGAAUAUGUUUAGAAAUAUUGAUCAUAACAUUCACGGGCAUGGGCAUAUCAUGCUGUUUUUUUUUUCUUUUUACGGAAGCAUAUCAUGGAUGUGGCUUAUGACUACGUUGUGACAAAUAUUGCCUUACACUUGCUUCCAACAAU